UAGAAUAAUGAUAUCUAAAAGUUAUAACAUAGAUCGAUAAUGAUCCAAAACAUAGAAACAAGUUAUGAAGAAUUUGUAAAAUAAUAGCAACAGUUUUAUUUAGCCUAAUUUACAAAAUAAAAUAAAAUAAUACGUCCAUUUAACACUUUAUACUCUUACGAAACUAAAAAAAAAUAAUUCUACUAUUAAUAACAUAGUAACGAGCUAGCGUCAAAAUGGCCGACGAUGCCAAAAAAAAUAAAGAUGCCGCGAAUUUACCAAAUUUGCCACCGAGACCACCAAAUACUGCGCUGAUGUAUUCUAGGUAUUUACAAGAGGCUCCAUACAAGGCCCUGGUUGGAGUUGUUGUGGAUGCUAAAAAAACAGAAAAGUUCACAGAGUUGCCACGGCACCGCGUGAGGCGCCAGGCAGGGACAACCAACCGCUGGCGCUUUUCAGAUUCCCUGUACAGCGACAUGCUAGGGACGACCCAGGCCCUGAAAUCUGUCAACAUGCCCUUCAGCCAAAACCUGAUCAACAACAUCCUUGGUACGUACCCAACCUGUAACCCCAACUUACUGUCUUGCAAAGACUUUGCGUACAUGAAUGAUCGCCAGUGGAGCCUGCUGAGAAAAGUUUCCAAACCAACUGCUAAAAUAGAUGAUGAAGAGGGACAGAUUAACAAAUCUCUUCAUUGCCCACCACUUGAUGAGAAGUACAUCUCUAAAUCUGAAAGUCGGCUUGUCUCUAAAUCUGCUCCAGUUGAACAGGUCACAAGACAACACCCACUACAGCGAUCCUUCUCAGAAUUUAAUCCUUCUAAAGAUACCAAAGUCCAUCAGAAGAACCUUAAGAAAAAAUUACCCAAACACCCAGCUACAGACUCAAACAACCAAAUAUUUAAAGCUGACCCUAGGAGCAGCUUGAACUACCUGAGACCAGGGAUGGCUCAUAAAAAACAUGAUGUUUUACUGAGAUCACUAGGCUUAAGUUGGGAGCUGCAUUCCUCACACAUAUACAAGGCCAAUGCUCUAGCCCAGCUGUUGAUGGAGCAUGAUGGUGGAGAGAACAUGGACACAUACAUAGAGUCAUCAAACUUUACAAAUACCAACAGCUUUCAGAGCAUAGAGUCUGAUUGUGAGGAUCUUAAAAAAACUGAUCCCGGCUCUAAGCAGACCAUGAGUUUUCUUGGACAACUAGGUGGUGUUCCAGAAACUUCUAGGAAGGAAGUGGCUGAGAUUUAUCUGGACAUUGAUGAUCCUAUGGUUACACCAAGAGCAAUGGCCAUAGCACUGAGCAGCCUGUACAACUCAUCUCUGGUGAUUUCUAGCUCUGAUAUCCCAGGGGUCCUUGCUGCAGGGGUGGCAUUAGAUUUUACACAGCUCGUAAAGAAAUGUCAACAUUUGAUGUUGAAUUCUGUUGGGUACAAGACUGUAUGCCAGUAUCAUGCAGCUGCAGCUAAGCAUGAUCUAUCAGAUGUCAUCAAUCUUUGUGAAAAUUGGCUUUUUCUAAACUUAAUUCCCCAACUGUCUCAGUACAUUCAACUAAGGGAGAUCAACUGUGAUCUGCUGCAGAGUAUAAUCAAAUCUAGCAGACUGUUCACAUUUAAUGAGUACAGUGUGUACAAGUGCCUGGCCAUGUGGUUGUUCCUUGUUCUCAAUCCUCAUGUCCACCAGAUGCCCCAGUACAGCACUGUUGUUGCUUAUUUCAACAGCUUCCCUAAGACCUGCUCCUAUCUAGAGACGGAGGAGGGAGAACCAUUCACAGCCUUGUUUUCUUAUAUUAGACUUUGUGGGAUCAUCAACACCAGUGAGAUCCAUGAGAUGCAGCUAAUGAACAUCAUGCCCCAGAUCUGGCUGGUUGACCUACUCUCACAGCACUACAGGGCGCUUCACUGUGGGGGUGAUAUGGCAGGAAUGAAACAAUUUGACUGUGCCUCAAUCAGGCAGGGCUUUGUGAUAGAUGAAGGCAUUAACUACCACUCUGAGCUUCUCUCCCUGUAUGGGUUUCAUUUUGAGCUGAAUGCCAUCAAGAGUGAUAUGGAGAACAGCACAUUCCAGUUUUAUUUACAGAGGCUAAAACCAAGUGACCCUAUCCUGGGCUUCCACCAGUAUGAGAGGAACACCUUCUCCCUGAGGUCUGAGCGAGACGUCCACUACAUGAUUACAGUAGAGUUCCUGAGUGAGGGGAACCUGUGUGUGGAAACUACCGGAAUCUUGACUCAGAAAUUUGGACUGGGUAAAAAAUCCAGCAAAAGUCAGGUUUUGUCAAUCAGCAUGAUAAACAAACCUUUGUUUGUUUCCUACAAGAUUUUCUUCCCACCUUCAUAGACAACUCUUCACAUACAGUUGUUGCUUCCCCUGAUAGACAUG